UUGUUUCCAUCCAGCAGGAAAAUAGUACCAUAUCCGUUUCCCGCCAUUUCUGGUUGUUGUCUUGCUUACGAGAUAGGUUACCUACCAGACAGUAGUUUCUCAUUCCCAGACAUGAGGCCUUUUUGCCUUGUUAUUAUCGUUUUUUAGAGCGCUGUGAUUUCUACAGCCGUGAUUCGAUGGCGUCUAAGGCGACACCGACCGACCCUUCGAGCUACAUAGGUCGGAAAGUGAAGAAGGAUUUUGGAGUGCACGGCUGGUUCAUAGGUCGCGUUGAAUCGUACGAUUCGAACGAGAAUUUCUUCCUGAUCAAAUACGAGGACGGAGAUUGCGAGGAGGUCGAGUUACAGGAGCUCGAAAGUAUCCUCGUUAAGAGAGGGAGACCGAAGCGAAACUCUAAUCCUCCCAUUCCGCAGCCAUCAGGAGGAACCGAUAGUGUAGCCUCUGCGCCGUUCUCCCCUCUUCUCGCGAAUAAGCGUUCUCUCGCAGCUAAGCAUACUCCCGCAGCGAACCAUACUACUCCUGCAGCGAAGCACGCUACUCCUGCAGCUAGUAAGCAAACCCCGGGAUCGAUCUCCUCCAAGAGAAAGCAAGCGGCUCCUGCUGCAUGGCGUCACUUGACUGAUUCUGCCGCGGACAGACGGUCGGCGGAGCCAAGCCAGGCAGUCCCGGAGGGUACAAAUGCCGUUAGGCUGCCUUUUUCAGCUGAAGCCGUUUUACAGAAAGGCAAGGGUAGCGUGGGAAUUUCCGCUAACCGCGUCAGUCUAGGAUCGCACCAAUCCGAUGCGUCUCCUGCUGCGGCUCAUGCAGCGAAGCCCGUGCUUUCCGUCAGGGACGCCAUUAAUCAGGCACGAGCGGCUAAGAGCCAGUGGAAGCAGCAGGCUCAGAGCAAGGCCAGGCGGAAGGCUCCCAAGAUCGGCAGGAGAAAGUCCUGCGGAUCAGCCCGCGCUUCUGGCGCCGAUACUGACAGUGAGGGCCACGAGGAGGAGGAGAACGACAGGGAUGGGGAGGCGGAGGCGGAGGCGGAGGAGGGUGCUAGAGGGGACCUCAUUUUGUCCCAUAAUAGGGCUGUGGGUUCGGUUGCGGAGCAGUCCCCCGGCAAGUCGUUCCAGGAUCUUUUUGCGUCGCAGGUUGACCUGCGGCAAGUCGUUCUGGCGCUACCCGCACCCAACGCGCCACCGAUAUUCCAGCUCCCACCUCCACCCGACGCUGGGCGACUCGCGCUGCAACCUGCACCAGAUGCACCGUCACAGAUCUUGUCCCCUCCAGCUCUCCCAGCUUCUCAGACGCCCCCACGUGCCGGCCUCUCUACCCCGUUAUCCUCGUUAGUAACAGUCCCUGGUCACGCGCACGAUCAAUUUGGCUACAAUCUGGACCGUUCUGUACCGCGCCCACCUCCCUUCCCUCCUCCGCCUGUAUCCACCCUCCUCCCGCCUUCCUCAUCCGACCUGCCGGUUCCAGCCGAGUCUGUGCUCGACCUCCUCUCCGUCUACUCCUUCCUUCGCUCCUUCUCCCAGCAGCUGUUCCUCAGCCCGUUCACCCUAGACCAGUUCUGCCACGCGCUCACCGUCCCGCGCGCCAGUCCGCUAAUAGACAGCGUCCACGUGGCGCUGCUACGUGCCGUGGAGGACGAGUCGCCGUCAGCAGCAGCGGCGGCAGAGGGAGGCGCGGGAGGUGCGGGUUCUAGGAAGCAGGAGAAGGACAACACAGGGAGCGUGCAUCCCAUGGAGCUGGACAAAUCAUUCCUGGACGAAAUCACCUGGCCGGAGUUCCUCCUCCUCUUCCUCUCCUCCCACUCCGCCUCCCGCCCUAACAGCCGCAGACUCAACCACUCCGCGCUCGCCUCUUUUGACUACUACCUCCUCCCAGCCCCCACCAAGCUCGACUUCCUCUCUCUGCUCUGUGACGAGGCCCUCGGCAGCCUCAGGGUGCGGCUUGAAUUAGAUCGUCGGCAGGGGGAGUUGGAGAGGAAAUAUGCGCUGGCGGGGGUUGGGAUGGAGGAGGAGGAGGAGAAUUUAGAGGAUGUGUUAGCGCCGCUGGAGAGGCAGGGGCGGAGGAGGAGGGGACGGAGAGGCGGAGGGGGGGAGGAGGAUGAGGACGGGGAUGUGGUGAUGGGGUAUCAUAGCCUUGGGAUCUCCGCGCUUGCUGCUGCUGGGGUUCCUUCCGGUAUGGCAGGGUUGUCAGCUGUAGGAACCUGUGGUGGUGGUGUUGGCGGUGGUGCUGCUGCUGAGUCAGCAGGCGCGGGUGAUGAGCUGGCGGACGGGAACGCUGACGAGUGCAAGCUGUGCGGAAUGGACGGCAAUCUGAUCUGCUGUGACGGGUGCCCUGGCGCGUUCCAUUCCCGCUGUGUGGGGGUAGUGGUAGCAGCCCUGCCGGAUGGGGACUGGUUCUGCCCGGAGUGUGACAUGAAGAGGAGGAGUGGGGAUGUGUUGGGUGCGGUGGUGCCUGAGGGGCUGAGAGGGGAGCACCUGGGGGAGGAUCAGCACGGGCGGGUUUACUAUGGCACCUGCGGCCGUGUUGUCGUGUCUGAAGAGCGUCACAAUGGCACCCAUGUCACGGCCUACUACAGCCCUGCAGACAUCCCACACCUGCUGCACCAUCUAGCCACCUUGGGACCUAGCUUUGCAGCUGUGCAUGAGGCGGCUGCCGCGUUCGCUUGCUCCGAACACCUGCAGCUAGAGAAGGCUGAAGUGGAGGCUGAAGAUGAUGCUGGGCUGCUGCAGCCAGAGGCGUCGGAAGAGGAUGCUGAGGUGCCUCGGAUCGGGGCGGCUGAAGAGAAGGCUGAGCUGGCGCAGAGUGUGGCGGAUGUGGAGAUGAGUGAAGGGGUCACAGCGGAUGUAGACGCGGGUGAAGGGGGCACAGGUGAUAAAGAGGGAGAGGAGGGGCACGCAGGUGAUGUAAAGGUCGAGGAAGGGGGUACAGCAGUGGUAAAGGCAGCGGAAGGGGGCACAGGUGAGGUCAAGACAGAGGACGGGGGUGCUGCAGAGAUGAUGACAGGUGCAGGCGCUACAGAUGAGAUGGAGGAAGGUGGGGAGGAUACUGUUGAGCUGAAUGCAGUGACAGGGCGGGGUGGAGAAUCUGUGGCCGUUGAUCCGACUCAGAUGGCACCAGAGACAAAAGAGGGAGAGGGAGAGGAGGAGGGAAGGGCACAGGAGGAGGGGAAGGAGGAAGUAAGGGCAGAUGAGGGCGCAGAGGAGGGCGCAGACGGGGGUGCAGAAGAGCGAGCAAAUGAGGGAGUAAACGAGGGAGCAAACGAGGGAGCAAAUGAGGGGGCAGAGGGGGUUGCGGAUGGGAGUGUUAGUGUGGGUGCAGAGAAGGGCUCAGAGGAAGGCGCAGAUGGAGGUGCUGGAGGGAAUGCAGGGGUGGGGGCGGGAAAUGCAGCAGAUCGAAGUGCAGAGGACUUUGCAGAUGGAGGUGUGAAUGAGGGUGCAGGGAAUGACGGUGCAGCUGUGGGUAUGGAAACGGCUGAGGGGCAGAGAGGGGGGGAAGAGGGCGGAGACAAGGGGAGAGGGACGGGCGAGGAAGGGACAGGAGGUGAAAUGGAGGGAGAAAGAACUUCGGAAGGUAGGGAAGGAGUGGAUUCGGUAAGGGCCGCGGAGGUGGGGACAGGAGAGAAAAGUGGGGCAGCAGAUGUGGUGGGUCCAGCUGCAGAGGCUGCAGAUUUGGCAGAGCCUGUAGGACUGGUGAGUGGGGCAGAGGCAGUUGAGGCUGGCAGUAUAGGAGCAAGGGUAGAAGGAACAAUGGGAACAAAAGAGGCAGGAGCAGGAGGACAGGAGGAUCCUAUGGAAGUGGGCCUCUCUUGUGCUCUGGAGACUGAACAGCUCCCGCCAGCAGACGAUGUCACGGCUGAGUUGCUGCCAGGCACAGGAGAAGGAGCAGAUGCUCUAGGAGUCGAAGGAGCAGCCGGAGGAGACGGAGCGAUUGAAGCAACAGCGCAAGAAACGGCUUCAGCGGCAGCAGCAGCAGCAGCAGCAGGAACGGCAGGAGCAGUAGAAGGAGAACCAGCAGUGGCAGGAGCAGCAGAAGGAGUAAAGGACGAAGCAGGGGAAGCAGCAGGGUUAUUGGAACGAACGCAGUUGGAAGAGGCGUCAAAUGGCGGCGAGCCAGCACCGCUUGCCACAACGGAAGCAGAGGCAGCACCGGAAGAAGCCGACAGAGAGGGAGAAGCCGACAGAGAGGGAGAAGCCGACAGAGAGGGAGAAGGAUCCUUCAAUGCAGAGCAGCAGAGGGCGGUGCAAGACCCCAGCAGCAGAGCAGCAGAGGAUGGUGAGCUAGGGAAACCGCAGGGCUUAUCUGACCCUUCCCUUGCACCCAAGGCAGGCUUAGAGAACGACUCUCAAGUGAACGACGCCGCAUGGCACAAGCGGGGAGGGGGGAGAAUAACCCGGGUGGUGGCACGGCUGUGGGAAAGGCUUGGGGCAGCUGGUCCUUGGGAGGCUGGAGAAUCUACUCCUGCUGCUGUUGCUAGUGCCGCUGGUCCUGCUGAUCCUGCUGCUGUCGCUAGUGCUGCUCCUGUUGUUGGGGUGGUACCAGAGAGCCCGUGUCAGGUAGCAGCUGUAGAUGGUGGGGUAGCCCAGGCAGCUUCUCAGGCAGAGCAGGAAGCACAGCAAGCACAGCGAGCACAGCAGGCACAGCGGGCAGAGCGGGUGGAGCGGGCAGAGCAGGUGGAGGAGCGGGUGGAGCGGGCUAGACAAGCCGAACUGGUGGAACAAGCAGAGCCGUACGUGAACCGCUAUGCCCUGGGCGUGGUGUCCGCGGGGCUAGCCCUGGCCCUGUGCUCCGCCACUGAAGCCGCUCAGGAGGCGGAGAGGCGAGCGAGCACAGGUCGAGAGAGACAUGACGAUGACGACACGGAGCACAGGACUCGACGCAGCGGCCGCAGACCCAAAGGCCUCAUUUCUGUCACCGAGCAGAUGCGAGUCUUUGCCAGAGCCAUGCCUGCAGGCUACUGGCCCACUUCUGGUCAGUUUUCCGGCCGCGGUGGGGCCACAGGAGGGUCUAGAAGCUCGACUUCAGCUGCUGCUGCUGCGGCGGCGGCAGCGGCGGUGCAUGUUCUCAAGGAGAGAUGUGGGUGGUGCGCCCACUGCCAGGCGGCCCAUCGGAAAUACUGUCUGCUGGUCUCUGCUGCCCGCGCUGCUUCUGCCACCGCUGCUGCUGCCGCUGCGGUGGGGAACGUCCGGGCUGCUAGCCAGCGCAGGCUCGGGGGAGGCUUGGCGGGAGGUUUGGGAAAGGGGAGGUUUGGUGCGGGUUCGACAGGAGGGGAAGCGGUGGCAGGUGGAGUGGGAGGAGGGGUGGAUGGGGGGAGAGUGAAGGGAAUGGGAGGACUGGGAGGGGUGCGUGCGGUGAGGGGAGAGGAAGCGUUGAGGGAGAGGGAUGGGAGGCUGGAUGCUGUGGUAACACGGUUGAUGUAUCUCGAAGGGCAGCUGCACCCCCUAUUAGAGGGCCCUUGGAACGAGUUCAACUGGCGCGGGCAGUGGCGGCAGAGCGCCGUGCAGGCGGCAUCACUACUCCAAGCGAAGCAGCUUAUGAAGGAGGUCGCCUGCUCCCUCCGCACAGUCGCCCUCUCCUCCCAUUGGUCCGCCGAACCGGAACCCCCCGCGCCCCUCCCCUCCGGCCUCCCGUUACAAGCACACCUGGUGCCUGUCGCCCCUGCUGCUGCCUCCCGCCUCUCUGGUAGGAGGCGGAAGUCCCAAGGAGGGAGAGGAGGAGUAGGAGGAGCAGGAGCAGGACCAGGAGCAGGAGCAGGAGGAGGAGGAGGGGGUUCGGUGCCGGCGUGGGUGAUGCUUAUGGAAGCGAGGCGAGGGGGGUUGAGAGAGAAAGUUCAGUGGUUCAGAGGCCAGGGCUUGGCUCGGCAUGCUGCGGACUGGGAGCAGCUGCCUCAGGACUUGGCUCGGCGGGCGGCUCGGCAAGGAGGAUUCAAGAAGCUUCCUGGCUUGCUGUAUGGGGUCCCUUUUGUCAACCGCCGCGGUGUGCCGGUGCGAUCCCAGAAGGUUGCGUGGGAGGCACGAGUGGAUGCUGCUCGCACGGUGGCCCAGCUGGCUGUGCAGCUGCGAUCGCUGGAGGGGUUGAUUCGCUGGGACCAGGUCAACUCCCCUGCUGGCCCGCCCUCGGUUGCUGUUGCUGCUGCUGCUGCCGCCGCUGUAGCUGCUGCUGUUCGUGCUUCUGGUGCUGGUGGUGGUUCAGGGAAUGAUGAUGACGUGGAGCAGAACUUGCUUUCGCUGUGUGAUGUGGCGUCCCGCGAUUCGUUCGUUUUGGAUAAGGACUUUCGGCCACCGUAUGUGAAGGGGAGGAGGUGGAGGGGGGAGAGGGGAGUGGAGUAUCUGCUGGUGGUGGAGAGAGAGGAGGAGGAGGGGGAGGAGGGAGGGGAGGGGGAGGAGGAAUGUGAUUCCGAGGAGGAGAGGAGAAGGAAGAAGAAGAGGGCGAGGGAGAGGGUGAGGGCGUGGAGGAGGAAGCAGAAAGAGGUUAUUGAGGGAGUGGGGGCGGGGGCGGGGGUUAAGGAGAGGAAAGGGAAGGCAGGGGUGAAGAAGGAAGCGGAGAGAAUCAAAGAGGAGGAAGGGCAGGAAGCGAAGAAUGUGACAGGAAAGGAAAUGCAGCAAGGUAUGGAGACUAGGGAAGUGGGAGUGAAGGAGGAAAGGCAGGAAGAGGUGAGGGAAGGUGUAAGGGAGGAGUGCGAGGAGGUGGAGAGGGAGGCCAAACGGGCGAGAAGAGGAGAGGCAGAAAUAUGGGUGGCAGGGAAAGGGGAGGUAGUGGGAGGAGAGGCAGAAAUAUGGGUGGCAGGGAAAGGGGAGGUAGUGGGAGGAGAGGCAGAAAUUUGGGUGGCCGGGAAAGGAGAGUUAAUGGGGGGAGAGGCAGAUGCAGCUAUUGAAGAAGCUAUCGGAGAAGUGGAAACUCCAGACCGGAAUAUCCAAGAAAUGGCCGCUGAAGCCGUGAAGCACGAAGAGGUGAAGGCUGAGCAGGUGGAGUCUCAGGGGGGUGUGGCGGUGGAGAAAACUUCUGGGGCUGCUGGACAGGAGACCCAGGAUGGUGGGGAGAGAGACGAUGAUGAUGUGGAGGAAGUGGCAGGAAACGCAGAAGAGGUUUGCGAGGUGGUUGAUGAUGCUGAUGGUGAUGGUGAUGGCGAUGCUGAUGCUGAUGCUGAUGGUGGUGUUGCUCGUGAUGAUGGUGGUGAUGGCGGUAAGGGCGAUGACAUUGCUAUGGUAGACUUAUCGCAAGAAGAGGAGGAGAAGGCGCAGUGUAACACUGGUGGUGGGGCUGAGAGAAAGGAGGAGGAGGAAGAGGAGGAACGAGAGGAGAGUGAGGAGGAGGAAUACGAAGAGAGGGAUGAGGAUUUGUUUGGAGAGCAGGAAACAGGGAGAGGGAGGGGGAGAGGGAGAGGAAGGGGAAGAGGUAGAGGGAGGGGGAGAGGAAGGGGGAGGGGCGGAAGAGGGGGGGGCGCUGGGGGAACAGGGAGGGGGGGAGCAGGGAGGGGGGGUGGAGGGAGAGGGAGGGGGAAGCGGAAGAGGGGGGCGCAUUUGGUUGAGUACAUGAGAGCGAAACGAGCUGCUGCUGCUGCCGCCGCUGCUGCCACUCCUGCUGAUUCUGCUGCUGGUGCCGAUGCUGGGGUUGCUACCCGUCUAUCUGGUGUUGCUGACGUGGAAGGAAUUGGAGUGGAUGGAGGCAAAGGGGGUGCUGAGAAGGCGGCAGAUGGGGCAGACGGAAGCGACGCAGCGAGGGAGAAGGGAGGAGGGAAGGAGGGAGGGGGGAAAGGGGAGGAGAAGGCAGGGAGGAAGCGCAAGCGCGAGCUGAAGCCGGAAAUCAUUCCGGUGGAGAACAGGAGAGUGACUAGGAGCCGAGUGAAGGAGGAAGAUGGAGGGGCGAAGGCUGCGGUAGGGGAUAAGGGGAAGGGGAGCAAAGGUGUGGCAAUGGGUGCUGAAAAGGCAGGGAAGAGGGGAAGGGAGGAGGAAGAAGAGGAAGGUCCAGUUGUUGUGAAGGAGGAGGAGGAGGUGGAGGAGGAGGAGGAAGGAGUGGAGGAGAAAGGUGGGAGAGGGAGAGCGGUUGGGAGAGGUAAGGCUGCUGGUGCCACUGUUGGUCUGAGCCAAAGUGGCUUUGCUGGUGCUGAUGUUGACAGAAGGAGGCUCGCAAUGAAAAGGGAGGAAGACGGCGAGGAUGAAGAGGUGAAACCAGGGAAGGAGAUACAGGAGACGAUGAAAGGAGAAGUACAGGAGAUAGAGGAAGUGGAGGAGGAGAGUGAGGAGGAGGAUGAGGGGGAGGAAGAGGAGGAGGGAGGGGGUGUGUGGGUGCUGGAGAGGCUAGUCCCCUUGGAGCUUAUCCGAGAGUUUGAGCACCGGAGGAGAACAGAGAUAUGGGAGGAGCAUGCGAAGCUGGUAAGGGCAGAGAGAGAGGCAGCAGAAGCUGCUGCCCGUGCCGUUAUCAGCAAGUACGUGCGGGAGAAGGUGCGCGCGAUGAGAGAGAGGCGUGAGCUGAUGGUUCAGGCGAUGAUGGUGCAGUGUCGGGAGCAGGAGGGGCGGAGGAAAGGCGCGAGGGAAAGGCAAGGGCAGGAGAGAGAGGAGAAGCGGAAGAGGGAGAGGGAGCAGGAGAGGGAGGAGCGGCGGGAGAAGAAGGAGCAGGCGAAGGAGGAGAGGGAGAGGGAGCGGCAGCGCAGGAUGGAGGAGAGGGAGAGGGCUAGGAGGGAGAGGGAGCAGGCGAAGGGGGAGAGAAUGACAGUGGUGGUUGGGGCGGAGAUGCAGGCUAGGAUUGUGGCUGAGGCUCGGGCGAGGAUGCAGAGGGAAACGGAGGAGAGGUGUGCUGCCAUCCAUGCUCGCCUGGUGGCCGUGCAGCAGCAAGCAAUGCCGAGCAGAGGCAUGCAGGGUCAAGGCAUGCAGGGUCAAGGGAUGCAGGGUCAAGGGAUGCAGGGUCAAGGGAUGCAGCAGCAGGCAAUGCAGAGCGGAGGCAUGCAGGGUGAAGCGGCGCAGGGCCAAGAUGGGGUACUUCUAGAGGGGGAGGGGCAAGCAGCUCUAGGAUGGGCAGGAGAGAGUGGCAUUGAAGCGGGAGGAGCAGGGGCAGGGGCAGCAGGAGGAGCAGCGGAGAUGGUGGUGGAGGGAGGCUCGAUGGCACCUCUGGAUCCGUGCAGAGUGUGCAUGCGAGGGCUCUUUGAUGCUGGCGCGGAUCAAAUCUUCAUAUGCGUCUCAUGUAAAGCUCUGACACAUGCUGCGUGCCUCUCUCCCCCCGACCUCCUCCCUCCGGCCUUCCACCCCGCCCCUCCCGCUGAGCCCUCCCCAUCCCCAUCCCCUCCCCCCCUCCUCAUCGUCUGCCUUCACUGUGCUCUCACCGUCUCGCAACAAGAUGCCAUUGCUGCCACCACUGCUUCUGCUGAAGCAGCCGCUGCCGCCGACGCUGCUGCUGCCGCUGCUGCGGCCUCUGCUUCUGCUGCUGCGGCUGCUGGUGCUGCUGGUGGUGGUGUUUAUGGUGACGCUGCUGCUGCUGCUGCUGCUGCUGCUGCUGCAGCAGAGGGGCAUGACGAGGAGCGGAAAAAGCGCCGGAAAGUUUUCCGGGCAGAACACCCAGUUUGGACGCUGCCCGGGACCCCGGGCAACCGGCACACAGUUGCGGGUUACUAUUUCGCUGCAGGAAAGGGCGACAAGGGGGAGAGGGAGCGGUCGGAGGGGGAGCAAGGGCUGCAGCUGAAGUGGAUACCGGCAGGGCCGGCGGGGAGGAAGGCAAUGAGGGGGUAUGGGGUGGAGGAGGGAGGGGGGGUGGCGUGUAGACUGUGCAAGGAGGGCUAUGAUGAGAGCCGCUUCUACGUCGCCUGCAACUUCUGCGACGGCUGGUUCCACGGUGACACCUUGCAGCUGGACGAGCAGCUGGACAUCCCGAUCCUGCUCUACUUGAAGUGCAACCGCUGCCGUAAGAUCGCCAACAAGCUGCAUCCCUGCCGUCCAAACCACGUGGACCCUGCUGAUUGGCCCCCACAUGGCUCUACUGCCGCUGCCCUCGACUCACAAGCAGCAGAUGCAGCAGCAGUAGGGGUCAUGGGAGUUGUUGAUACUGCCCAAAAAGCAGCAGCUGCAGGUGCAGGAGCAGGGGCAGGAGGAAGAACAGGAGGGGAAGGGAAGGCGGGGGGAGGUGCCAGGGGUGGGAGCAAAAGAAAGGGGAGCAAGGGCGCAGGGACAGUGGAGCAAUCGCCUGGUUACCCUGGUUGCGCAAGGGCUGCUGCCACCGCAACUGUGACUGCGCCCGGUGUGAUUAUAACAGCAGAGAACAUCGACCCUGAGUCGUUCUUCGACCCGCAGUUGACAGUAACGGGGGAUAGGGCAGUGACUGCGGGAGCAGAAGGGUGGGGCGGAGGAGGGGGGGGAGGGGAAGGCGAGGAUGGGCCGUUCUGGAACAUUCCGCUGCCCACGGAAACUGAUCUCAUGGAUGGGGCGGCCAUGGAGGCUCAGCUCAUGGGCACUGCUGGGAUGGGCAUGGGGGGUGCAGGAACUGGCGCAUAUGCUGCUGCUGCUGCCCGCAUGCCUGAUGGUGGAGCAGCUGAUGGUGGGGUGCCUGAUGGUGGGGUGCCUGAUGGUGGGAUGCUGGAUGGUGGGGUGCCUGGUAUUCCUGGUACAGGCGCUUUUGCAGGCGGUGAUUCUGUAGGUGGCGCUGCUGCUUCUGCUGGUGCGGGUGCUGCUGGCCUUGCUGGUACCAAUGGUGCCAAUCCGCCACAAGACCAGCUGUGGCAGUAUCAGCAGCAGUUUCAUAAUCCUCACCAGCAGCAACACCAGCAGCAACACCAGCAGCCGCAGCCGCAGCAGCACCUACAGCAACAACAGCAGCAACGGCAGCAGCAAUACCAGGAGCCGCAGCAGCAGCAGCAUGGGCAGACACAGCAGGCAUGGGUCCCUCAUCAGGCGGGGCCAAACCCAGGUGGAUUUUCAGGUGAAUUUUCAGGCGGCAAUUUCCCAGCAGCAACAGCAAGCGGGGGCAGCAGCGGGGGAAGGGGGAAGGGAGGAAGAGUAGGGCCAGGAUUGACAGAGGCGGCAGCAGCAGCAGUGGCAGCCGCUGCAGCCGCUGCACCAACGUGCGGAGGGGCGGGAGGGGCAGGAGGGGCAGGAGGGGCAGGAGGGGCAGAGGGUGGAGGCAGGAGGCUGCGCCCACGCAGGCCUCGUUCGGCGUCCACUGCUGAUAAAGGGGAGGUUAUUAACGAGGCUGCUCACCAGAUGAUGAGUGCGAACAGUGGCAGGAAAGGUCCUGGGAUUCCUUUAGUGCAGAACCUUCCUGGAAACCUCCCCGCUGGACGAACCGUGUUGUUACCAGCAGCAGGGCAGAUGGGGCCUUCUGCUCCACCCUCUGCUCCUCCUCACGCCGUGCCUCCCUCUGUGCCCCUCUCACAAGGCGUCUCCCCCUCUUCACUCCUGCCGGCUCCUUCCCCACUUAAUCCCUUGAACUCACUUUUUCCAAACCCCUCUCUAUCCCCUCUGGACGCCUCCUCGUUUCCUGUGCCUGGGGCUACUACUCCAGGAGCAGGAAUGUGGCUAGAAGGGAGAGCAGGCGGAGGGAACUCGGGUGGGGUUUCUGGUCAGUUGCAUGGUAUGGCGCUGCAACAGCAGCGGUAUCAGCAGCAACAACAGCACCAUUAUCAGCAACAGCAACAGAAUCAGCUGCAUCAGCAGAAUCAGUCGCAACAGCUAUAUCUUCAUCAGCAGCAGCUGCAGCAGCAGCACAAUCGACAACUGCAGAUGCAGCAGCAGCAGCGGCGGCAGCAACUGCUGAUGCUGCACGAGCGUUAUCAGCAACAGCAGCAGCAGCAGCAAUAUCAACAGCAACAGCAACAGCAACAGCAAUAUCAACAGCAACAGCAACAGCAACAGCAACAACAUCAGCAACAGCAACAGCAACAGCAGCAGCUGCGGCAUUUUCAUACCAAUGCACAUUUGACCUUCCCCCUUCCCCCCUCACACUCCUCAUUGCCACCCAUGCCGCCCACCCUGCCACCUCCCGCACACUCCCCGCAACCACCCUCAGACGCUCAGGCCCCCACCGUCAUUCCCCCCUCACGCCUCACCCCCACAUCGCCAUCACCUCAGCCAUUUGACUCAAGGCACUCUCAAAUUUCCCCAAUUCCAGCUGAAGCUCAAAAUCCCCCGAUUCCUCAGAGUCCCCCAAAUCCCCAAAGCCCCCCAAUUCAAGCUGAAACGCGCACCUCAGACGUGCCUCCCAUGUCUCCGGGGCAGUUAGCUGCGCUGGUAGAGUCCCAGCUGCUGGCACGGGGAUUUGACCCCGUGGAAGCAGCAGCCGUGGCGGCUGGGGUGAGGGACGGGGACCAGCGUGCGUUUGAGGCCGUUGCGGCUGCUCUCAGGCCGAGCAAAGGGGCUGCGGGGCAGGCGGGCUCACACCAAUCUGCUUCGGCAUCUGCUGCUGGCGAUGCUGGUGCUGGUGCUGCUGGUGCUGGUGGGGGGCUGGUUGAGAACGGUUCUGAGCAACAGCAGCAGUGGCAAGAGCAGCAGCAACAGUGGCAGCAGCAGGGGCAAGGCCAGCAGCAGCAGCAACAACAGGGGCAUGAGCAGCAGCAGCAGUGGCAGCCACAGCAGCAGCCACUGCAGGAGCAGCAACAGGGGCAAGAGCAGCAGCAGCAGUGGCAGCUGCAGCAGGAGCCGCAGCAGGAGCCAGUGCAGCAGUGGUCACAGCAGCAGCAACAGCACUGGCAGCCGCCGCCGCAGCAGCAGCAGCAGCUCAGUCAGCGUGGAUCCCGGGUUGGGAGAUCGCAGCAGCAACACCACUGGCAGCAGCAAGAGCCACAGUGGCAACAGCAACAACAGCAGUGGCAGCAGCAGCAACAGGUGGCGGGUGAUGGCAUGUCAGUGCAAAACACCUCCCAACCACAGCAAGCACCCAUGGAAGGGGAUGGUGGAACGGGCCAAGAGAACAUAGGUGCAAACAAUGAGGUUAACCCAGUGUUGCUUGAACAAUUCCAAGCAAGAAUUGAGUCUGGUGGAGACAUGGGAGCUGGGAUGCUUUGGGAAGGGAAUGAGGCAAGCAAGGAGGCGAAUUUGCCUGUGACUGGAAAUGUGGGCGAUGCCAUGGUGCUCAGUAGUGGUGAUAUGAUGCCAGGUGCCACUGAGAGUGGCAAUGCUGCUCUCGGUGGUGUAGACCCUUCAUUGAUGUGGAACAAGUGGGGAUAGUAGCUCCUUGAUGUAGCUUCAUUGAUGUAGACCCUUGUGUGCAAUUCGACCACAU